AUGCCUCGCAAGGUCAGAGCGGCCGCCCAGGCGGCAGCCAAAUCAAUGAAAAAUGUGCCAGUAAUUCCCGAUGGCUCUGACGAUGAAAUGCUCGAUCUGCCACCAUCCGACCCAUCAUCUCCCGCGGUAGAAGAAGAUCAAGAUUCCCCCGACGAAGAUCUGGAUGCCGAACCCGAAGCCGAUGUCGAGGCUGAAGCUGAGGGAGAAAGCGCUGCGGAUCCCGAUGCGCAGGCCGAGACCCCUGCCAAAUCGAAACAAGAGGAAGAAACCAACGCCGUGACACCCGCUGUAGAUGAAAGUACGGUUCUCGAGGGCGACAGCCCCGCGCUAGGCCGCCCAGCAAUCCCCCGCAAACGACACGGCGCUCAGUCCGCACUACGUGUUACAACUCCCGUCAAACGACGCCGUGGUCGCCCGGCUGCCAGUGGCGGACGCUGGGCGCGCAACCGCGGACCCAACCACCUGACCCAAAUCCCAAUUGACAAGGAAGGAAACAUGAUGGAUGUCAUCGGGGAUGAAGUGUCCCUCCCUCCGAACCCUACCGGUGACGCCAAAGUCAAUCCAGAUGGCCAUCUGCUCGGAGGACGUGAAUACCGUGUGCGUACGUUCACGAUUCUCAACCGCGGCGACAAACUGUACAUGCUUUCGACCGAACCUGCCCGAUGUAUUGGAUUCCGUGAUUCGUACCUGUUCUUCCAGAAGCAUAAGAUGCUUUACAAGAUCAUUAUCGAUGACGAUGCGAAGCGGGAUCUAAUCGAGCGUGAUAUCAUUCCGCACUCUUACAAAGGCCGAGCGAUUGGUGUAGUCACUGCGCGCUCUGUCUUCCGUGAGUUUGGCGCAAAGAUCGUCGUGGGCGGCAAGAAGAUUACCGACGACUAUAAUGAGCAGGCUGCGCGGGAGCGGGGCGAUGUUGAAGAUGAGCUGGCCGUUCCUGAGGAUAAGCUCCCAGGUCCGGGUGAGCCAUACAACCGCAACCAAUACGUCGCCUGGCACGGAGCAAGCGCCGUCUACCACACAGGAGCACCAUCAGUACCCAUGGCAGGUGGAAAGCCAGUAGAUCAUAAGAAGCGACGCGUGCCAGUCACCGACGAUAACUGGAUGGUUGAGCACGCGCGCGCCGCCAGCACCUUCAAUUCGAAAUUAUCUGAGCACCGCCGAGCCACCAUGGGCGGCGUCUACGACAUCCACACCAACUCCAUGCAAUACCCCCAGGUCAUGCAGCCAACACACUGCCGCGUCGAGCGCGUCCCACCACCAGACAACCGCAGCUUAAUGACCGACAUGUCAUCGCUCAAGCCAACAGAUUCCACCAACGAACCCACCACCCAAGACGAGAAGCCUCAAGCCGAGCAACAGCAAGCCCCCGUCUUCCCUCCCGUCCCUGCCCACAUCUCCAACCGCUACGUCGUGCAGGACAUCAUUUUCGAAUCCCCGCCAUACUCAAACAUGGGCGUCCCCGGACCAGACGGAGAUCUGCGUAAUCUCCAACCAAACGGUCUGGUCAGCAUUGCGAACCCCUCCCAUCCGGAAUUCAUGUCUCCGGACAUCAUCGCCCUCCUCCCGGACGAUUGCAAGGAGGCUCUUCUCGAUUCCGCCACGCGCGAGGUCGAGUGGAAGAUGAAGUGGACGACUGAAACAACUGAUACCCAGCGCGCCGUGCCUUCUAAGAGCUAUGCAUGGUAUCCCUAG